AGUCACCCGUUGCGUAAUCCAUCUCACCCACCAAGCAUAGGUCGCGACUUCCUCCGCAUCCACUGCGCCGACGUACCUUACUGCCACCAACUGCCGGAUCAUCGCGAUCAAGACUGCGACUAUCAGCGUACCAUACAGCUCCAGCUUCGGGGUCGCGCGCAUUGAACACAGCUCCCUGCUGUCCUGAUUGAAACACCAAGCGGCUCUUUAUUCCACUACACCGCACGCACUUGCUUGUGCCUCGCCCAAAGCAUUGUGAAUGAGCCGAACACUGUAUCCAUCCAUCCGCAGUGAUACUGGAUACAAUACUAUGCAGCAGCCUGCUCAGGACCAUAACAAGCCGACCAUCGAGAUGAGCUUAAGAGAACACCUUCUCGCUGCAGGCGCUGGUCAGCCUAGCACCCAGCCUCUCCCCCAGCACUCGUCUCCUCAAGGUCCCCCGCAUGCAAUUGACCCGGCUAUCGCAGGCCAGGCGUACCAAAUGAGCCAAGGCGCAAUCGAUGACGGCAACACGAGCGAGGGACGCUCAAAGGGACGGAGAGAGCUGUCGACCUCUAAACGCGCUGCCCAGAACCGCGCCGCCCAACGCGCGUUCCGUCAGCGCAAAGAAGAGUACAUCAAGCAGCUAAAGGACCAGGUCAAGGAAUUCGAGCAACUAUGCGAGCUGUACAAGACUCUCCAGACCGAGAACUACCAAUUGCGCGACUACAUUAUUAAUUUGCAAUCCCGCCUGCUCGAGACCCAGGGCGAAAUUCCACCUGCGCCCGCCGGCGUUGAUCUAAAUCGACCGCACGGCGAGCCCGCCAACCUCAAUCCGACCCAACCACAGCCACCGCAACACCCACAGCAGUCCGAACAACAGCCGCAGCCCCAGGAGAGUUCGAGUAGUAACAAUGGCGGACUAUCUGAGCGACAGAUUGGCGAGUUGCAGAUGGCUGCGCAAGCUGCUGCCGCUGCUCAACACGGCCCAGCUGUAGGCCACAAGCACUCCAACUCAGAGGACUCGUACGACUACGCCGAAAAGCGCCAGAAGGCAGACGGGUCACCGCAAGGUCAGCUCUCUUCUCCUCCUGCGACUUACCCCGACCCAAAUGCUUAAGACCGGAGCAGUCGUUCAAGCGGCGCACGGCUUACCAGCUUAGUAGGUACGGCAUCUUCCGGUGACUACGAUGCUUUCGUCGACGAGAUGCAGCAGUCCACCAAAGUGGCUGCCUAGUUCGCGGACUUUGUCCAGCUCUCCUGACCUUGCCAUGUUCGAUCUCCAGUCUGUUUAUUCCUUCGUCAUAUCCCAUGUUCUCAUGAUGUCAUGCAUAAGUGCCCAGGGCUUGCCUACAGCUCGGGGCGGUGUUUCUACAACAAGGCGUCUGGGAUGGGUGGAUACCAUAUGUGCUCGUAUAUCUUGUAUUUUUCUCAGCCGUGUUUUAUUGGUGUUCUCGAAGAAGAGCGGUCCUGUCAUCAGUAGAGCGUCUUCUGCAGUGCACGCCUAUGUACACGCAUUGAAUCAGGGACGUUGUUGCUAUG